AUUAGCCCCAAGUUUCUCCAAUCCAGAGGCAGGGGUGGGACAGUGCAGGCGCAGAGGAUUGGGUUUGGCUGGACUCGAUUUAAAGAGACAGAAGCUGUCGAGGUCCAAGACGACGGUCCCCAAGACCCUCCCCCCGAGUGCUUGGGACCACUUGGGUCCCCAAAGCUGGGGAGAUGGUUUGCGGUGGCUUUGCCUGCUCCAAGAAUGCACUGUGCGCUCUCAACGUGGUCUACAUGCUGGUCGGCUUGUUGCUCAUUGGAGUGGCUGCUUGGGGUAAGGGUCUGGGUCUGGUGUCCAGCAUCCACAUCAUUGGAGGAGUCAUUGCUGUGGGAGUCUUCCUUCUUCUCAUCGCCGUGGCUGGCCUGGUGGGUGCCAUCAACCACCACCAAGUACUGCUGUUCUUUUACAUGAUCAUCCUUGGUUUGGUCUUCAUCUUCCAGUUUGGAAUCUCUUGCUCAUGUCUGGCCAUUAACCGAAGUAAACAGACAGAUGUCAUCAAUGCUUCUUGGUGGGUCAUGAGCAACAAGACCCGGGACGAACUGGAAAGAAGUUUUGAUUGCUGUGGCUUGUUCAACCUUACGACCCUGUACCAACAGGAUUCUGCUUUCUGCACUGCAAUCUGUAAGAGCCGGAGCUCCACGUGCCAGAUGUGUGGAGAAAAGUUUCUGAAGCAUUCAGAUGAAGCCCUGAAAAUCCUGGGGGGUGUUGGACUCUUCUUCAGCUUUACAGAGAUUCUUGGUGUUUGGCUAGCAAUGAGAUUUCGGAAUCAGAAGGAUCCUCGAGCUAACCCCAGUGCCUUUCUAUAAGACUCUAGAUCCUUCUGACUUCUUGCCUGCUCUCUAUUCUAAGCUUUUCUUCCUCCCUUAGGGAACACCUAGGGUCUGUAGCCCUUUUUGUUUGAGAGAAAGGAAAGGCCCUUUGCCACAUCCCCCAAAGUGACUGAACAGCCAGGCUCUGUGCCUUGACGUGUUUAGUGGGGGCAAGAUCAUCAGGAAUAAAGAACAACUUCCUCCCUCUCUCCCUAAGUGGAUAUGGGAACCUCCUGGGAGUGCAUGAAGUGGUAUGGGGGUUGGAGUCAUUCCUGGCUCUGUUUCCCCACUUUUCCCUUCCAUAUGCCAGACCACCUCAGCACAUCCUGGCCUGGAUCCAAAGGUAAAUCAGGGAUGGAACCAGGGGGAAAAACCGCCAAGAACUCUUUCUUAUAAUAAGCAGGACCCAGUUUGGGGAAGUUCAGUGAAUAUAAAAAUAAAAACCAUUUAAACUCCAAAUUCAAA